UACAGUUAUAUAUGAAAAAUGAUUUUACCUAUAUAAUUACUGAAGAAAAUCAUAUUAUUUUUUUUCCUAAUAACCAAAUAUCGCAUUAAUUAUUUUUUUUCUGCUAAUGAUUUGAAUGUGCAUGGUAAUGUAAUUGUUUAAUAUUGUUAACAAGAUGAGCAACGUUAGAAAAACGAUCAAUGAUAUAAAGGAGAUCAUAGGGGGAAAGCAUACAGAUGAAGAUAUAUAUGCAAUGUUGAAAGAAUGUCAUAUGGAUCCAAAUGAAACUGCUCAAAAGCUUUUAUAUCUUGAUACUUUUCAUGAGGUCAAAAGGAAACGAGACAGGAAGAAAGCAAAAGCCGGCAGCCAAACUUCUGAGGAUUUCAGGUGGAUGUCAGGCAUGCAGCGGAGAGGGGCUAGGGAUGAUGGUCGUGAGAAAAUUUCUGCAAAUUACAUCACUAAUGGUGACAGUGGCAGAAGAUACAUUAAGAAAGAAAAUGGAGUCAAUAGUUUGAAGGAUAGAAGUUCUAAGACCUCCAUGCCAGCUGCACGUAAAACAGCAGAUGCUAAUAUACAUCCUAGUAAGAAAUCGGCUGUUGAGGUUGCUGCCGAUGAUCCUAGUAAUGUCGCUGGAGUUACUUCAUUUGUUAAUGUAAAUAAGUUGGCAAAAGUUUCAACUCUACCUCCUAGUUCGAUAAAUCAUCAUCAAAACUUGGAUCCUGGCCCUACUCCUACGCCCACACCCACCUUUGCACCCCGAACCAGAUUUAAAGAUAAAAUUUUCAUACCAAAACCUAAUGAGCUUGUGACAAGAACAGCUUCAACAUCAGUUUCUGGUGUCUAUUCUUCUGCAUCGGAUCCUGUAUUAGUGCCAGCUUUGAAUCCACGAAAUCCAGGAACAGUUGGUACUAUAAAACGUGAGAUAGGUAGCCAGCGCACUGCUGCAGACUCCACUGUAUCUCCUGCGAAUGAGGGGAGUUUGGAUUCUUGUCAAGGUGCUCCCCAAAAUACUCAUGCAGUCAUUAGAACUGUCGAUUACAAAAACACGACAGGGCCAAAAGAAUCCCGGGGAGUUUCAGUCACUGCUAUACAACCAGUAGCAACUAAUCAUGAAAGUCAGCAUUCCAAACAAGUUAACAGUCAUUCAGGAGUAUUGCCAUCUCAGGCAGCAGCCGUUGUAAAGGGAGCUCAUUUACCAUCAAUUUCUAAACUAAAUUCUUCCGAGGAACAAGUAGUCCCACAGCUUGACGUGAAGUUAGGGAAGUUAAAUAUCUCUACCAAUCGUCAGGCUGUUAUUUUUCCGGAUCAUCUUCAAGUACCCGACUCUUUUAGGAGUGGAUUGACUUUCGGUAGUUUGGAUCCUCAAUCGGAUCCAAGCAUAAGCUGUGGCAAAGACUCGAUGCCUGUGGAGACUGUUCCAGCUAAUGAUAGUACUUCCAUGGAACCUGGGAGCUAUGAAGAUGCAUCUUCGGAAACUCAGGGAGGUGAUUAUCCGGGCGAUCUGCCAUCACACCAACAUGAAUCCGAAAACGUAUCAUCUUUUGAAGUAUCUGGUGCUUCUCCUGUGUAUGAUCCGUCAGAGCCGGAGAAAUUUCCACCGUCUACAGGUUCACAAUUGCCACUUCUCCAGACUCCUGAUUAUAGCUUGGGUUUUGUACCACCCAUGCAAGGGCCCCAACUUGUUUUCGAGGGACAAGAACAGCAGGGUGGAAAUUCUCAACCUUCUUCAACAUUGGGCUCUAAUCAACCUGUGGCUCAACCGAUAGGCCUUGGACAGAGUUCUGUCGGUGUUCCUCCACAUUUGUUUCCUUUAGUCCGCCAACCAUUCCCUCCUAAUUAUAUGCCGUAUAACCCUUACAUUCCCCACCUUUACAUGCCGCAGAGUGCCCACCAGUUUUUGGGCCCGAGUGGAUACCCUCAGCAACCUUCUGCUCCCAACUAUUAUAUGUCACCAUCAGUUACUGCUGCUGGUGCAAAAUUACCUCUUCCAUCCCUGUACAAACCAGCAGCUAUUGCCGGAAACUUGAACCACUACGGCAUACCUCCUGGCUACAGUUCAUAUGGCUCGUCAACUGUCUCAUACAAUGGAACUCCAGGUCUAGUUUGUUCUGCUAGCAAUGAAAAUUUCACUACACCUGAGCUGAAAGAAAAGAAUGUCUACUCCAUGCAAAACCAGCAUGAAGAUUACCAUUACAGAAACUGUGCACCUGGACGCGAUCAAUCAAUGCUUCAGACCAAUUAUUUCUACAACAUCCCUCAGGACCAGUACGCCGCUGCUGCACCAGGACAUUCUGCCAAUAGCUCAUUUCCUGGAAUUAAUCCAUCUCAGGCAAUAGUUGCACAAUCUAAUGUUCAACCCCUAGCCCAGCAACCUCAAACUGUUGCCAGAUCAGGUGAUUCGGGCCUUCCUACAUCUGGUGCUUUUAAACAACCUCAAGCUAAUAUUCAUUGGAACAACAAAUUGCUGAAUAGAGAAAACGUCUAAGAACAAUAGUAUAGACGUCACUGAUAAAUCAAAGCUGUUCCCUUAAGUGUAUAUAAGAUAUGCUAGAAACUAGGCACUUCCAGUGAGAACACGUUGGAACGCUGACUUCUCAGCGUUUGUUCUAAGUUAAAAGUUUCUUGCUUUUGAUUAGCUUUCCUCAACUUCAUGAUCUUUUCUAGGCUGGAGAAGUUUUUGAUGUUUGAGUGGAGCAGGUGAAGAUAUCAAUUGUUUCCAUUGCCCUUUCUAGCUUGUAUAUAUCUUCUUAUAGCAAAAAGAUACUAUUAAAUCUUCAAGGGCUUGACAUUUGCCCCUUGGUCACCAUAAAGAUAACACAUGAGCUAUUGCCCCUUCUCUCCUCUCCAAGUUAAUCAUGGUUGUAUUUGUUUU